ACUUUCUACACUCCCCCCACAAGUCACAGACAGCGUGGAGAGUGAGAGGGGUCGAAACAAGAGGGAGAAUCACCAAAAGAGGAAGAACAACAGAGGCAGAGAAUUUGUUAAAACAUGCCAGCGUACGCCACCAACAUGAGGCUCAAGUUCCCCAUUCUGGCCUUGAUACUGGAAGCCGUGACCAUUGUCCUGUACGCUGUCUUUGUGGUUUAUGACACCGGUGAUGCUCAUGGUGGGGGUCAUCAUGAAGAAAAGAAUAACACUCAUCCAGACAGUCCAAUGACCCUUUAUCCCAUGUUUCAGGAUGUACACGUGAUGAUCUUCAUUGGGUUUGGUUUCUUGAUGACCUUCCUAAAGAGAUAUGGCUUCAGCAGUGUGGGCCUCAACCUGUUGCUGGCUGCCUUUGGCUUGCAGUGGGGUCUUCUCCUCCAGAACAUCUGGCACUUGCAUGAUGGAAAAAUAAGAGUCAGCAUUGACAGAAUGAUUAAUGCUGACUUCAGUACAGCAACGGUUCUGAUCUCGUUCGGAGCGGUUUUGGGGAAAACCAGCCCUGUCCAGCUUCUCAUCAUGACCUUGUUGGAGAUCACCAUCUUCUGCAUCAAUGAGCAUGUGGUUGUGGAAAUUCUUGGGGUUUCUGAUGUUGGUGCCUCCAUGACCAUCCAUGCUUUUGGGGCUUACUUUGGAUUGUCUGUCGCUCGUGUUCUUUAUCGUCCAGGUCUUCGGAACGGCCAUGAGAAUGACGGAUCAGUCUAUCACUCAGACUUGUUUGCAAUGAUCGGCACAGUCUUCCUGUGGAUGUUCUGGCCCAGCUUUAAUUCUGCUAUUGCUGAACCUGGUGAUGCUCAGCUGAGAGCUGUUAUCAACACAUAUUUCUCCCUGGCUGCUUGUACUCUCGCUGCCUACGCUACCUCGAGUCUGGUGGAGAAGAAAGGGAAACUUGACAUGGUUCACAUUCAGAACGCCACACUGGCUGGAGGUGUUGCGGUGGGUACCUGCGCCGACAUGGACAUCCAGCCAUUCGGAGCAAUGCUGAUCGGAACCAUUGCAGGCAUCAUCUCCACCGUUGGCUUUAAGUUCCUCACUCCCAUACUCGCCUCCAAACUGGGAAUUCAAGACACCUGUGGCGUGCAUAACCUCCAUGGCAUGCCGGGCAUCCUAGGCGGUCUUGCCGGCAUUGUGGCGUCAGCACUGAAUAAGAAAGAAGGUGCUUCAGCAGCUCAUCAGGCAGGGGGGUUGGCAUCAUCUCUAGGGUUUGCUUUGGUCGGUGGGUUGAUCACAGGUCUGAUUAUGAAGAUUCCAUUUUUGGGACAGCCACCUGACCAAAACUGCUUUGAUGACUCAAUCUUCUGGGAGGUACCGGAGGAAGAGGAAGAAACCGAAGAGCGUUUGACUCAUGGAGAUUAUUCCCCGAACAAAGCAGAGGCUUAAAGCUCUGCUUCAAACCAACUUCACAAAACAAGAGCCAAUAAGGUCCAAUAAGCACCUCAGGAGCUUUUCAACCCGCAUCUACACCACUAAAAUCUUUAACAGCUGUUAAGGAUUUUAGUUUUAGCUUUUAGCUGUUAAAGACACUAGUGAACAUGAAGCAUGGAUUCUUUUUGUAAGUGGUGCAUUUCUAAAAACAUGUAGCUAAAAUUUUAAAACAUGCCAUUCAUAUUAUUAAACUGAUAAGUGGUCUCUAAAAUCUUCUAAGUGUAGGCAUUAUAACACUGUAGCAAAUGUGUUGUUUCAACUUAAAAAAG